UUCUACAACUAGUACAUUUAAUUAUCAACAAUUUAGUAUAAAAUAUCCUCCCAAAAAACCACUACAAGUAAUUAAUAAUUCAAAACAGUCUAAUAGUUGCUUCUCGCCAGAAGAAUUAAAAAUUAUAAUAGCACAGCAAAUCAAGAAACAUAACGCUCAAUUACAGGCUAAACGCGAAGAAAUUGCAAAAGCUAAAAAAUUAUCUAACGAGGAAGAAGAUAACAAUGAUAAUAUCAAUAACGAGGAUAUUAUGAGUGUUCAUGAUGAUGCUAAAGAUGUUCAUAGUGAUGUUAACGAGGAUGAUUUUUUUAAUGACGCUUAUAGUGACAUUAAUGAGGAUAAUUUUUCUAAUUUUUCUAAUGAGGAUGAUUUUUUUAAUGAUGUUCAUAGUGAUGUUGAUGAGGAUAAUUUUUCUAAUUUUUCUAAUGAUGCUCACAGUGAUGUUAAUGAGGAUAAUUUUUCUAAUGAUGUUCAUA